AUGGCUCCCCACAACGAUGCUCCCUCGCCAGCAGGCAGUUACACGCUGGGCUUCAACAAAUUUCCCUUUCGCCCAAACACGUCCUCGGCUUUGAGACUAGGCACUUUGACACCGGCAGAAUCCCAGUCAUCUUUGAGCAGCUCUUUCGAGAGCACGUCUCAUGACACUGGAUCCCCAAUGGAGCGUCCUCUCGUACCCGGCGUGUACGUGCCGACCAUGUGCUUUUUCGAAGAAGACACGGAGAACGUGGAUACUAUCACCAUUGCCAACCAUGCCGUACGACUGGCCCACGCUGGUGUAACGGGCCUAGCCACGCAGGGAAGUAACGGAGAAGCAGUACACCUCACGCACACCGAGCGCCAGCUCGUCACGUCGACGACGCGCAAGGCCUUGAACGAUGCCGGCUUCUCGCACAUGCCAAUAAUCGUCGGGUGCGGCUCCCAAAGUACUCGCGAGACUAUUCAACUUUGCUGCGAGGCCUGGGAAGCCGGCGGUGACUACGCGUUGGUGCUCCCUCCAAGCUACUAUGCCCCCUUGUUUGCCCCUUCCAGCGCAACCAUUGUCGAGUAUUUCACCAAGGUGGCCGACUCCUCACCGAUACCGCUCAUCAUCUACAACUAUCCGGGAGCGGUGAACGGCAUGGAUCUCUCAUCUGAUAUCAUUCUGAAGCUUGCACAACACCCCAAGAUUGUCGGCGUCAAACUCACGUGCGGUAACACGGGAAAGCUGAACCGAGUCGCAGCCGCGACGCGAAAGCUCUCCCAGAAAUACGACCCCCAAAGCCCCGAGUUUUUGGUUCUGGCCGGCUCAGCAGACUUCUCGAUCCAAUCACUGGUUGCCGGCGGUCACGGCAUAUUAGCAGGACUGGCCAACAUUGCCCCCAAGGCCUGCAUCAGAACCAUCGAGCUGCACAAGGACGGAAAGCAUGACGACGCCCAAGACAUGCAGGAAAUCGUCUCGCAAGGCGACUGGACUGCCAUCCAGGGAGGAGUGGUGGGUGUCAAGGCGGGACUGCAAGCUUGGAAUGGUUACGGUGGCUACGCACGAAGUCCACUGCCCAAGCCAACUGCCGAGCAAACACAGUCGUGGAAAGAAGGAUUUAGGGAAUUGGUGCUGCUGGAAAAGUCCUUGUGA